CGACGAAAAAUUAGUCGACAGUUUAAGUGCUCUUAGAAGUUAGAAUAACGGAAUUAAACAAACGAUAGUGUCGUUAAGAUUUUAAUAAAGCAACAACUUUCUUCCAAAUGAAGUGAACAAUUGGAAAACUAAUUAACGUAAGAGAGCAGCUCAUGAAUCAUAAUAAGUGCACAACAUGUAAUCUCAUAUAAUUGCGCGGUAUCUCGCUUAAAAGAAGGCGCCGUACUUUAAUAAUAUGAAAACCAAAACAAACGUAAAAGAAUUGGUCGUGGAUUGGUCGUCAUUUUCAAUUACUAAUUGUCAUCCGAAAAACAGUGAUUUUUUAAUGAGGGGUUAUUUAUCUUAUUUUAUUUAUAUCCAUGAUGAGUUUUAUUAAAGUGAGAAUGGCGCAUCAAAUAUUCUUUAGUUUUCUAGUAUUUCUCUCUGCAAAUGCUAUAGUCAAUUUGACACUUCCGUUGGCCUUUCACCAAACCUGCUUUUUCUGCUGGAGUUCAUUGGAUCGGUUAACAAGAUCUUAAACCUUCAACCAGGUAGCAACAUAAUAUUACUGAAAGCAUGGAUGAAGGUUUACUAGAUAGGAGCAGUCCCAGAAAAGCAAGUUGGGAAUCCCAUGUUACUGCGAAUGUUGUUUUGAGCUCCUCAGUUGCUGCCUGUGGUUACUUUGCCUAUGGAUUUGCUGUAAGUAUUACUUGUAAAGGUUGGAUAUGCAUCUCCUGCUCAAUCAGGGAUCAUGGAUGACCUGGGACUCUCUAUAGCAGAGUAUUCAGUUUUUGCUUCAAUCAUGACAUUUGGAGGAAUGAUUGGGGCUCUCAUAAGUGGAAAGGUGGCUGAUAUUUUUGGCAGGAGAGUUACAAUGUGGCUUUUGGAUCUAUUUUUUAUCUUGGGCUGGUGCUCAAUAAUCUUUGGCAAGAGAGCUUGGUGGCUUGAUGCUGGACGGUUGCUGAUGGGAGUUGGUUCAGGAAUUCAGUUAUAUGUGGCACCUAUAUACAUUUCAGAGGUCACACCAAAAAAUAUCCGAGGGUGCUUUGCAGCAGCUGCUUCAUUUACGCUGACUCUUGGGUUUUCGCUGGCGUAUUACAUUGGGAAUAACAUGAACUGGCGCACUUUAGCUCUAGUAGGUGCUAGCCCUUGCUUUAUACAAGUGCUAGGUGUAUUCUUCAUACCAGAAUCUCCUAGGUGGUUGUCUAAAAUUGGUCUGGAGGAGGAGGUAGAAGCAUCACUACAGCGUCUGAGGGGGGGAAAUGCAGAUAUUUCUACUGAAGCAGCUGAAAUAAGAGACUAUACCAAGACAGUUCGGCAACUCUCAGGAUCUGACUUUAUGGAUUUGUUCAGUAGGAAAUAUGCACGUCCACUUAUUGUUGGAACGGGGUUAAUGGCUCUCGUACAGUUUGGAGGGAACAGUGGGAUAUCUUCUUUUGCCAGUUCAAUUUUUAGAGCGGCAGGUUGUUCGGCAGACUCAGCAUCUAGAGUCAUGGCUGUUCUCCAGCUUCCAUUUGCUGCCAUGAGUAUUAUCCUUACCGAAAAAGCUGGACGGCGACUGCUUAUGAUGAUUACUUCAGCUGGGGCUUGCUUAGGAUGCUUUCUUUCAGCGUUGGGGUUUCUUUUAAAGGAUUAUCAUCAACCGGCAGAGCUAACCUCUUCGAUGGUGUUCACUGGCAUACUGCUCUUUUCUGUAUCUUUCACAAUGGGCAUGGGUGGUACACCCUGGAUUAUCAUGUCAGAGAUACUAACUAUAAACAUCAAGGGUUCUGCUGGGAGUUUCAUUGCCUUGGUCAACUGUUUUACUUCUUGGAUAGUUUCUUAUGCUUUUAAUUUCCUAUUCCAAUGGAAUGCAGCAGGAAUAUUCUUCUUGUUUUCAUUCUUUUGUGGCUCAGUCGUUGUAUUCGUUGCAAUGCUGGUACCGGAGACUAAGGGACGGACACUUGAGGAAAUCCAGGCAUCGAUGACAUUACUUCAAUGAUUUGUUCUUCAUUCAUUAGUGCUUAUUUUGAACUUCUUCAGACUACAGAACUACUGUAUAUAGAGAUUGAUGCUUGUUAUGUUCAUAUGUAAAUCUUAUCUAAUAUAUCAUAAACAUGAAUGUGCUUAUGAGUAAGUAAA